AUGAGUAAUAGUAAUAAUGGCAGUACAGUUGGACGUCAUUCCGGUGUGCAUCAGAAUACACCAGGAUCAUCGGUGAAAUCACAAAGGUCAUACAGUAAUCGACCUCGGAUGGGAGCAUCUGCUAUCGUCACAAAUCUCCACGAUCAUUCUACAACCUCGUCGGCAUCCGCUGAUAAUUAUCAACAGUCUACACUGCCAGGACGAGGGAAAUUGAUAACCCAGCAUCAUCACUGGAAUAAUGGGAAUCAUAAAAACACCAAUCCCAAUACAUCAUCAGAGACAAUGAUGACAACGCCUUCAUCAACAGAUUUGGAUGAAUUCUAUCGAUUAUCACGUAGUCCAUCGACUCCAGGAUUAUGCAUUAAUAAUAGUAGUAGUAGUAAUAAUCAUUCAAAAUAUUCACCGCAUACAAUGGUGCCUUCAGUGACGACGACAACAACACCGCCGGCAACAACAACAAUACCACAAAAAUCACUGGGACAGAUGAAGAAUUCGCCAGACAAAUUCAAGCCAUCAUUUAUGAAAAUAAUCAACAUUUAUGCUCAAAAUGAUAAUAAGUGUUAA